AUGGGUUUCAUAGCAGAAGGAAAUACAUUAAAUUGGGAUGACGCACAAAAACAUGUAGCUUAUAUCAAGGAACAUGGCAUCAUUCAAUUCUUACACAUUUAUAAUAAUAACAAGGAUCGUAUGAACGAUCAAUUCAAAUGGGGUGAUGAAGUCGAAUACAUUCUUGUCAGAAAGGACAAGGAAACUGGUGAAACUAAAUUAUCUCUAAGAUCUCAUGAAAUAUUAGAUAUCCUUUUAAUACAAGAAAAGAAGGAUCCAAAUAAUUGUGAAUUUUUAUGGAGACCUGAAUAUGGUAGAUUUAUGGUUGAAGGAACACCAGGUAAACCAUAUGUUGGAUUGGGAAGACAAUUAUUAUCGAUCGAGGAUAGUUUGGUGAAACGAAGACAAGAGGUUGUCAAAUACUUGAAACAAGACGAACAUAUAUUGACAUUUGCAGCAUACCCACGUAUGGGAACCAAGAAUUUCACCAAUCCACCAGGAGAGACGAGAGGAAAGGUUGCAGAGUCACAAUUCCUUCCAGAUACAGUGAUCAACCCACACUUUCGUUUCAGUACGUUGACGGCCAACAUUCGUCAGCGUCGUGGUAAGAACGUGUCAAUCAAUAUUCCAAUGUUCCGUGAUACCAAUACACCAGCCUAUCUCGACCACCAAACCUAUGUAUCACCAUCCAAGAGUGCAACCGACCCAUACAACCAACCAUACAAUAUCUAUAUGGACGCAAUGGGGUUUGGUAUGGGCAACUGUUGUCUUCAGACUACCUUUCAAUUGUCAAACAUUGAAGAGGCUCGUUCAGUCUAUGACCAGCUUGCCGUUCUCUCGCCACUCUUCCUUUCACUUACAGCUUCCAGCUCUAUAUUCAAAGGCUAUCUUUCAGAUAUCGAUGUAAGAUGGACUGUUAUUUCACAAUCGGUCGAUGAUAGAACCGAUGAAGAGUUGGGUGUCAAGCCAUUGAAUCAAUCGAAAAUGGUCAUUAACAAAUCGAGAUACGACUCGAUCGAUAGUUAUAUUUCAAGAGGAUCAUCGCUACGAUCGGAAUACAAUGAUUUGAAUUUAGUCUACGACAAGGAUAUUUAUAAACAAUUGAUUGAUGGAGGCAUCGACGAAUUGUUGGCCAAACACUACGCACAUUUGUUUAUUCGUGAUCCUUUGGUCAUCUACUCGGACAAGAUCACCAUCGACGACGCCAAAAACGCCGAUCACUUUGAAAACAUACAAUCUACCAAUUGGCAAACCGUCCGUUUCAAGCCACCUCCACCACACAGUGAUAUUGGAUGGCGUGUUGAAUUCCGUCCAAUGGAAGUCCAACUCACCGACUUUGAAAACGCAGCAUUCAUUGUAUUUGUUUCCAUCAUUCUCAAAGCCAUCUCGGAUCUAAAAUUAAAUUUCUAUAUUCCAAUCUCAAAGGUCGAUGAAAAUAUGAAAACUGCUCAUACUCGAAAUAGUAUCAAUGUUGGUAAAUUCUAUUUUAGAAAAUCUUUAAAUGGAUCAUCACCAAAUACAGGAAAUGUUGAAAAUGAAUAUGAAUUAAUGACUAUUAAUGAAAUAUUUAAUGGAAAGGGUAAUGAUGAUUUUGUUGGAUUAAUUCGUAUUAUCAAGGAUUAUAUUACUUCUUGCAAGUUUGACGAUGAGACCAAUACCUUGCUCAGCAAGUAUCUAUCAUUCAUCUCUAAACGUGCAUCGGGUGAGCUUCUCACAAUGUCAAGUUGGACUAGAAAGUUUGUAGACUCGCAUCCAGACUAUCUCCACGACUCUGUUGUUUCUCAAAAGAUUCAAGAUGAUUUGAUUCAAGCCAGUGUAGAUAUUGUCGAAGGUAGAAGAAAGGAACCACAAUUAUUAGGUGAUUUUUAA